GCGGGUCCGGGAUAUUGGUCAGCAGGGAGGGCGAAUCGUUGUGCCUGCAAACCACAGGGUUUCGGAGGGUGGUGGAAGAAACCCUAAAUUCCCUCCCAGUGAAGAGAGAGUGAGUUUUAGAGAGGAAACAAUGGCUUCAAACAGCAUAUUUGAGUCACUUCCUUCUUACCAGCACUUCUUGAGAGAUACCAGCACCAGCCGCCGCUUCACGCCGCCCUCCACCACGCUGAGCCCGGGGAAGAUGAGCGAGCCGCUGGCGCUGCCCGGCGCCGAGCACAGCGGGGCUUUGCCGGGGAAGCUGCGCAGCGCCGACCGCAGCAUGGUGGAGGUCCUGGCGGAUCACCCCGGGGAGCUGGUGCGCACCGACAGCCCCAACUUCCUCUGCUCCGUGCUGCCCACGCACUGGCGCUGCAACAAGACGCUGCCCAUCGCCUUCAAGGUGGUGGCCCUGGGGGACGUCCCCGACGGGACCCUGGUGACGGUGAUGGCCGGGAAUGACGAGAAUUACUCGGCGGAGCUGCGCAACGCCACGGCCGCCAUGAAGAACCAGGUGGCGCGCUUCAACGACCUGCGCUUCGUGGGCAGGAGCGGCAGAGGGAAAAGCUUCACCCUGACUAUCACAGUCUUCACAAACCCUCCCCAGGUAGCCACGUACCACAGAGCCAUCAAGAUCACCGUGGAUGGACCUCGGGAACCCCGAAGACAUCGUCAGAAAAUAGAUGAGCAGACAAAGCCCGGCAGCUUGUCCUUUUCUGAGCGCCUGAGCGAGCUGGAGCAGUUGCGUCGCACGGCCAUGAGGGUCAGCCCACACCACCCAGCCCCCACACCCAACCCUCGAGCCUCCUUGAACCACAGCACAGCUUUUAACCCUCAGCCUCAGAGUCAGAUUCAGGACUCCCGGCAGGUGCAGCCCUCGCCGCCCUGGUCCUAUGACCAGUCCUACCAGUACCUGGGCUCCAUGGCCACGCCCGCCGUGCACCCGGCCACGCCCAUCUCACCUGGCCGGGCCGGCGGCAUCACCUCGCUCACGGCCGAGCUCUCCAGCCGCCUCUCGGGAGCGUCCGAGCUGACGGCGUUCAGCGACCCCCGGGUGGGCAUCGAGCGCUCCUUCCCGGCGCUGCCGUCCAUCUCCGACCCGCGCAUGCACUACCCGGGCGCCUUCACCUACACGCCCACGCCCGUCAGCUCCGCCAUCGGCAUCGGCAUGUCGGCCAUGUCCACGGCCUCCAGGUACCACACGUACCUCCCGCCGCCCUACCCCGGCUCCUCGCAGGCUCAGGGCGGCCCCUUCCAGACCAGCUCCCCCUCGUACCACCUGUACUACGGCACCUCGGCCGGCUCCUACCAGUUCUCCAUGAUCUCGGGCGGGGAGCGCUCGCCGCCGCGCAUCCACCCGCCCUGCACCAACGCCUCCACGGGCUCCGCGCUGCUCAACCCCAGCCUGCCCAACCAGAGCGACGUGGUGGAGGCCGAAGGCAGCCACAGCAACUCGCCCACCAACAUGGCCAGCACGGCCAGGCUGGAGGAGGCCGUGUGGAGGCCCUACUGAGGAUGAGGAGGUCAGGAAGGAGCUCGAGGGUCAGGACUUAACGCACUUCCCGUUGCCCGGCGCCUGGAGGGAUCCCAGAAACUUCCCUGCGGGCCCUGCCGCAUUCAUCCACGAGUUUCAGGAGCAAACCCUUGGGAAGUCAGCGCUCCCAGGGGUGGUGGCUCUCAUUGCCAGGCCCUGGCAAAGGCUUCCCGGCAGGAGAACGAGCUUCUGGGAAGGAGGAGGCCCCGGUUGGUGGUGCAGCGGUAGCGAGGGUGGGUAAGAGGGUAUCCAGCCUGAUUCCAGGCCUGUGGCUUCCCAACGUGCCUGGGCUUGAAGGUCUCCACAGCCCUAAAAGAGAGUUUCGGUUCACUUCUAUUUUUAAGACUUAAAACCUUAAAAAAAAAAAAAAACCAAAAAACAAAAAUAAAUCUUAGUGAGUUUACUGCAUCUUAGGGACAUCUUAAGUGUAAGGAAGUAUAGGAAGAUUCCCAGAGGGAAACUGUGAACGCUUCUGUUUUCGCAAUGCUGUGAAUGAGAGGUUUUAUAUGUUGGACUUCAUUCUUUCUUUUCUUUGUUUUGUUUGUAUAUUCCAAAGAAUAUGGAUUUUUUUAUUACUGGGGUUUUUUUUUGUUUUAUUUUGUUUUGGGGUUAGGUUUUUUGGUGUUUUUUGGUUUUGUUUUGUUUUCUUUUUUAGGAUGCAGCUCAUCCUGCUUUGCAUCUAAUUUGUUUUAUUUCUCUUGGCACCUUAUAAAUUGCAAAAAAAAAAAGAUUUUGCUCUUUUUUGUUUUAAUCAUGCUUGCUUCUUUCUUGCUUUGUCAACUGAAAGAAUCAGCCCCUUUUUCAAUGAGUUAAUUUAACUUUUUAUCUCUUGGACUUUUUUUUCUUUUUAACACAACGGCUACAGCCUUGGGUCAUUUUCAACUACUGUAUUUCUUUGAUGAGUUGAUUGAUAUUUAUGCCUGAUAUUUAGACUUUUCUUAUUUGUUGAUACUAUUAUUAUUUAAAUAUGCCUAUAUUAAAAAAAAAU